AUGGCUCGCACUAAGCAAACUGCACGCAAAAGUACCGGUGGUAAAGCUCCCAGGAAACAGCUCGCCACCAAGGCAGCUCGUAAGUCAGCACCAGCUACCGGAGGAGUCAAAAAGCCUCACCGUUAUAGACCCGGUACCGUUGCCUUGCGUGAAAUCCGUCGUUACCAAAAGAGUACCGAACUUUUGAUCCGCAAGUUACCUUUCCAACGUCUCGUUCGUGAAAUCGCGCAGGACUUCAAGACCGACCUGCGCUUCCAGUCAAGUGCUAUCGGCGCCUUGCAGGAAGCAGCUGAAGCAUACCUCGUCUCCUUGUUUGAAGAUACAAAUUUGGCAGCCAUUCACGCCAAACGUGUCACAAUCCAACCCAAGGAUAUUCAAUUGGCCCGUCGUCUUCGCGGCGAACGUUCUUAA